AUGAACAAGGCAAAGCGAAUCCUGACUCACUAUCGACUCGUUAACUCGCUCCUCUCGGCUCAUUCGCCGUCCUCCACCGGCUCUCUUCACAAACAGGUGACCCAUCUCGUUAAUUUCUCCACAUUUUUUUCGCCGGAUAAAAUCCACACUCCGAUUAAACCCAACUCCCACAAUCAAAGACUCUUUUUUUCAUCCAAACCCGACUCAUUCCUAGAGAUUUUUUCCUCCAAUGAUUGGGAUAAGAAGCUGGAUAAAGAAUUAGAAGGUUCGAAUCUGGAGCUAACUCAUGAAACCGUUAUGUAUGUGUUGAAGAAACUGAGCAAAGAACCCAAAAAGGUCUCAUUUUUCUUCAAAUGGGCUGUGGAGAAAAAUGGGUUCGAGCCCAGCUCGUCUAUUUAUAGCUUGGUGUUAAGAAUCUACGCUCGUAAGGAUUUCUUGAAGCAGUUUUGGGUGGAAAUCAAGGAAAUGAAAGAGAAAGGGUAUUAUAUUGAUGAGGAGACUUACAAGACUAUUUACACGACCUUUCGCGGGUUGAAGAUGGAAAACGAGGCUACUGCUUUGAGGCAUUUCUAUGAGAGGUUGAUUAAUGAAAAUGCUAUGGAGGAUAGAGUGAAAGAAGUAGUUGGUGUGAUUAAGAAUGCCGAGUGGGGAGAACGGAUCGAGGGUGAAUUGGCGAAUAUGGAAAUUAACAUCUCGGAUAAUUUCGUGCUGAGGGUGUUGAAGGAGCUCAGAGGAAGAGGGUAUCCUUUGAAAGCUUUUAAGUUUUUCAAGUGGGUUGAACAGAAUUUAAAUUUCAAACACAAUAGUGUUACCUAUAACGGAGUCUUGAGGGUUCUCUGUUGGGAAGAGUCGAUUGCCGAGUUUUGGUCUGUGCUAGAGGAUAUGAAGAAUGCAGGGUUCGAUUUGGAUCUCGAUACGUAUAUAAAAGUUUCGAGGCAGCUCCAGAAGAACAAAAUGCUGGUUGAUGCCGUGAAACUAUACGAGCACAUGAUGGAUAGUUCGUUUAAGCCCUCGAUCACCGAGUGCAAUUCCCUUUUACGAACACUCGCGACUCAUGGCAGCCCGAAUCUCGAUUUGGUGUACCGAGUCGUAAAUAAAUACGAGGCAGGAGGGAACCCUUUCUCGAAAAACAUAUACGAUGGGAUUCAUAGGUCUCUGGCCAGCCUCGGAAAAUUCGAUGAGGCGGAGGAAAUUGUCGAGGCCAUGAAAGCUGCAGGUUAUGAACCUGAUAACAUCACUUACAGCCAGUUAGUAUUCGGGCUUUGUAAAUUCAGAAGGUUCGAGGAGGCUUCUGCAGUUCUUGAUUUAAUGGAGGAAAAGGGUUGUGCUCCCGAUAUAAAGACUUGGACGAUUUUGAUAAAAGGGCAUUGUGCGGGCUAUGAGAUCGAUAAGGCCUUGCUUUGUUUUGCUAAAAUGGUGGGAAAGGGCUUUGAUGCCGAUGGUGAACUUUUAGAUGUUUUGAUAAAUGGGUUUUUGAGUCAGUCGAGAACGAAAGGCGCGUACACGCUAUUGGAUCAGUUGGUGCAGAAGGCUCGGCUGAGACCUUGGCAGUCGACGUAUAAGAAUUUGAUUCAGAAGCUUUUGAUGGAGAGGAAACUCGAAGAGGCCAUGGACCUUCUUCGUCUGAUGAAAAAACAAAACUACCCGCCUUUUGCUGAACCUUUUGUUGAGUACAUUUCUAAAUUUGGGUCGGUUGAUGAUGCUCAUGAGUUCUUGACGGCCUUGAGUGUGAAGGAAUAUCCGGCUGUUUCAGCUUACCGGCACGUUUUCAAGUCAUUUUUUGAUAACGGUAGAUAUUCUGAGGCGAAAGAUUUGCUCUACAAGUGCCCACAUCAUAUUCGUAAGCACGAUGCAAUCUGUGCACUUUUUGGUUCUGCUUCAUAG